AUGGCUGAACAACUUAGAGACACAUUUUUGAAUGCUGAAAAGGAGAACAGGAGGGCCCUGGUCACUUUCAUGACUGCUGGGUAUCCCACUGUGGAGGACACGAUCCCGAUCUUGAAGGGGUUCCAGGACGGAGGGGUCGACGUCAUCGAGUUGGGGAUGCCCUUCUCGGAUCCGAUUGCCGAUGGUCCAACGAUCCAAGUGUCGAACACCGUGGCUUUGAAAAACGGCGUUACUUUGGACAAAACUUUGCAACUGUUAAAACAGGCGAGGGAUGAGGGUGUCACGGUGCCCAUCAUUUUAAUGGGGUACUACAACCCGAUUCUUAACUACGGCGAACAGAAAUUUAUCAAGGACGCUGCCGCUGCAGGUGCCAACGGGUUCAUCAUCGUCGAUCUGCCACCUGAAGAGGCGAUCAAGAUCAGAAACUACGUGCAAGAGAACGGACUGUCUUUGAUCCCAUUGGUCGCUCCAUCCACUACAGACAGCAGACUCGAGUUGUUGGCACAUUUGGCAAACUCUUUCGUCUACGUCGUUUCGAGAAUGGGUACCACUGGUGCUCAAACAUCCGUCGCCCAGAAUUUGGACGUCCUCGUCGCCCGUGUCAGGAAGUACACUGGUGAUAUCCCUAUCGCUGUUGGGUUCGGUGUUGCCACAAGGGAACACUUCGAAGCAGUUGGUAAGUUGGCGGACGGUGUCGUGAUCGGGUCCAAGAUUAUCAAUUUGGUCAAGGACGCCCCACAGGAGAGUCGUUACAAAGUCGUCAAGGAUUACGUUGAAGGGAUUUUGAACGGUAAGAAACAUCACGUUCUGAACAAAACAGAGUUUGACACUUUCCGUAGCAACGCAGUCGCAAAUGUCAACAAAGGCGAGAAGUCCAACAUGAACGAGUUCAACGAGGCCCACAAACACUCCGACAGAUUUGGUGAUUUUGGUGGUCAGUACGUGCCAGAGGCAUUGCAUGCGUGCCUCCGCGAACUAGAAGAAGGAUUUGACAACGCCGUCGCUGACCCACAAUUCUGGGAAGAUUUCAGAUCGUUGUACUCUUACAUCGGUCGUCCAUCUAGUCUACAUAGAGCCGAGAGACUGUCUGAGUACUGUGGUGGUGCUCAAAUCUGGUUGAAGAGAGAAGAUCUGAACCACACCGGGUCCCACAAGAUCAACAACGCACUAGCACAGGUCCUAUUGGCUAAAAGAUUGGGGAAGGCUAACGUCAUCGCCGAAACCGGUGCGGGCCAGCACGGUGUUGCGACCGCCACGGCGUGCGCUAAAUUUGGUCUUCCCUGCACUGUCUUCAUGGGAGCCGAGGAUGUCCGUCGUCAAGCGUUGAACGUCUUCAGAAUGAGGAUACUGGGGGCUAAAGUGGUUGCCGUUACCAACGGUACCAAGACUCUGAGAGACGCCACCUCAGAGGCCUUUAGAUUCUGGGUUACCAAUUUGGAAAACACAUACUACGUUGUCGGGUCUGCCAUCGGCCCUCACCCUUACCCAACUUUGGUCCGUACUUUCCAAAGUGUUAUUGGACAGGAGACUAAACAGCAGUUUGCAGAACUGAACGACGGGAAGCUUCCAGACGCCGUGAUCGCCUGUGUUGGAGGUGGGUCUAACUCCACAGGUAUGUUCUCGCCAUUUGAGAAGGACACUUCUGUUAUGCUGCUAGGUGUUGAAGCCGGUGGUGACGGUGUCGACACCGCGUUCCACUCGGCCACUCUGACCGCAGGUAGACCAGGUGUUUUCCACGGUGUCAAGACUUACGUCUUGCAGGACACGGACGGCCAAAUCCACGACACACACUCCGUGUCGGCUGGUCUCGACUAUCCAGGUGUUGGCCCAGAGCUGGCCUUCUGGAAAUCUACCGGUCGUGCCAAUUUCGUUGCUGCCACCGAUGCCCAAGCAUUGGAAGGUUUCAAAUUGCUGUCUCAAUUGGAAGGUAUCAUUCCUGCCCUUGAGUCGUCGCAUGCUGUUUACGGAGCUUGCGAACUUGCUAAGACCAUGAAACCAGAACAGAAUAUAAUCAUCAACAUCUCUGGUAGAGGUGACAAGGAUGUCCAAAGUGUUGCCGAAGUGCUACCUAAGCUCGGUCCUCAGAUUGGCUGGGACCUUAGAUUCGAAGAGGACCCAUCUAUCGGAGCCUGA